CGCACCACCUCUACCUCUCCUUGCAUUAGGUCUCCACAGCUUCUUCAUCAUGAAGUUUAUUGUGUGCGUGUUGCUCGCCGCUGCCGGGAUGGUGUCUGCCCAGUCCGCCAGGGGCGCUACCAUCACUCACAGGAGACCAUCAGCCAACAACAUCCAGGACCCUGCUUCCUUCCCUGCUGAUCCCUCACCCGCUGCGACCUUCUCUGCUGAUCCCUCUCCCGCUGCGACCUUCUCUGCUGAUCCCACACCCGCUGCUGCCUUCCCUGCUGGUGCUAGAAGCGCUGCUCCAGCUGCAGGUGCUGCUGCGGGUGGACUGGCUCCCACCCAGCAACCGAACUAUGGACCCAGUUUCUUCGGCCCCGGGCUCAAUAACCCCCUGGCCGUGCCCAUCAACCCCUUAGUGGCCCAACAAGCACAGAGGAUCGCCUCCUUUAACCCCAACAUCCGAGUGUUUGUUGAUAUCGACGGAUCAGUGCAGUUCACCGACCAGUUCGGCCGAGAAGUUGAGGAGAUUUUGGACGAGUUUGGCCGAGAUGUGACUGAACUUCUGGACGUUGAGGAACAACAAGAGCGACUUCUUAAUGCCCGCAGGCAGGAACUGGAACGUCGUCAGCAGUUACUCGACCUGCAGCUUCUCCAGAAUUUCAACACCAACCCUACAACUUUCGGUCUAAAUGGUGGGCUUGGUGGUGGUGUUGCCACCAGAGCCGGUGGUAUUGGUGGAAGUGGUAUUGGUGGUGGUUUAGCUGCAACAGGUAAUCGACGACCAGUUUACACGAUCAUUGUGUAAGGCCUAGUCAAUCACCGCCCGACACGCCCUGCAGCAAGGCCAUAGCUAUCACCUCAAAUAGCUAACAUGUCUUUCUUUUGGUCCCAUACCAACCUUACUGAUACUCCCGACCUUCCUAUUGCCUGCUGGUGCAGGUCACGUAAUUCUGCCCCUCACUUUAUAUUCUCACUCCCUUGGUAAAUACGUCAUUAUUCAGUUUACUUGAGUCUGCCUGCAAAUUGCUUGCUCCUUUGAAUCAUUCGAUUUACCAUAUUUCCUGAGCUUUCCUACGUCACCUCAUCUAAUCCUUACUGCGUCACCUCACCUGAUACUUCCUGCGUCACCUCACCUGAUACUUCCUGCGUCACCUCACGUUGAUGCUUCCUGCGUCACCUCACGUUGAUGCUUCCUGCGUCACCUCACGUUGAUGCUUCCUGCGUCACCUCACGUUGAUGCUUCCUGCGUCACCUCACCUUCCUCCCGUGCCUUCGUCCUGCGUCACCAUCACUUUACCCCCAUAACCCACAACACCUGCAGUCCUUCCCGUCUAAAAUAUUUGUAUCUACAAAACCCCUGCACACUAUCGCCCCUCCCCCAGCACAGUACCCCACCACUGUCAUUACUCCCCAGCACGACGCUGCUCAACGAGCAGCAUGUCAAUGACACAUGUCAGUGACAGCGUGUCUAAUCAACAAUAUUAUUUUGACAUCUUUGUAAAUUAUUUAAUUAAACAGAAUACACAUACAA